UUUGACUAAGAAAAGUCAAAUUUGCAACUCUUUUUGGAAAGAAGGUAGUACUAUUUUGCAAUGUUUCGCACUUUUUUGUUUGCUGAUAAGAAGAAGAAGAUUUUUAUUAAAUGAGAGCUUUUAUUUAGGAAAGGAGGGCAUAUCUUUUAUUUUAGGUAGUAAUGCAGAAGGCCACAAGACCCAACUGUCCGGCCAUGCCAUGUGCAGCCCACAUCACAGCCAUAUGCCUCCCUCGUUAUCCCACGCUCACCCGCCCCGCCUAUCAUUCCUUAGAUUUUCUCCUCAAGCAGAUAAAUUCCCUCAUCAUCGUCCCCUCCACACACAACAAAUUCUUCCAAUCCCUCUCCUUCUCCCUCAUUCCCAGGAUGACCACCGCCGCCGCCAUUUCACUCCUCCUCAUCGCCGCCGCUGUCCUGCUCGCCAUUGCGGUCCGGACAACCAUCGUUACCUGGAUCACCGUCAUCGUUCUCCUCGCAUUCUUCGGCAAAAGCCGCCGCCUCCUCGCCCAGGACGGCCACAAGAUCACCUUCGAUGUUGCUUUCUACUUGGCCAAGGUGUUUUCCCGACAAAGGGCCGGCGGCGUUCUUGUCUUCUCCUGCGCCGCCACCGCUUUCGGCUUAACCACUUUUGCUCGGAUCGGCGGGAAGCCCUGCUGCUAAUUUCCCAUGCCUGCCCGCAGCUUAAAAGUGUGAAUAUAUAGAGAAAAAAACACAAUUAAAAGAUAGUGAGUGCGUUUGGUUGGGUUUUUUCGCCUCCCUUCCGAUUCGAUCAAGGGCUUUUAGAGUGAUGAGGAUGAUUAGUGUGAAACUAUCAAACUCUAUCCAUCUUCACCCCCACCCUUCAUUAAGCCAAACGCGCCCUAAAUGGGUCACUUAGAGUUAGAUAUGGGAUAUUCAUUUUGUACUCCAUUGCGUUUAGAAAUUCAGAUGAAAUUAUUAGUUUUUUCCAUUUUCAGUCU